UGUGUCUGUGCCUUUGUGUUGUAAAUGUGUGUUUAGACUCUCUGUGACCUACUUCUGCUGCAGCUGAAUGAAAGCAGACCAGAGCCAGGCCAACCUGGACUAACUGAAACUAGUUUGUGGCUCAACUGAGUUUUUGUUAUUGAAGUAGUUUUUAAUUUCAUCUUUUUUAUAAACACACUUUAAGAAACAAAGACAAAAGUUUUAAAAUGCUCUGGCAGUAAACAAAAAUGUAAUAAUGAUGAUAUAACAUGUUCCAAAUAUAAAUAUGCUCGGACACUGUUAGCCUGGUGCUAGUGUGGAAGAAGAUGUGAACGGUGCAACAAGUCCGGUCUGCUUGGUUCUUUCAGAUUUAGCCCCUCCCUCUGAUGACAGUGAUUGUAGCCCUGCCCACACCUCCACAGCUUCAACAUGGCUGACCCUAACCUGUCAGGUGUCCCUCUUCCCUCCCUGUCUCCAUCCUCUCAUCAGAACGGGAGGAUUGGGCCAACGGCACCAAAACGCUCUCCACGCCCCCACCAUGAUGGCCGUCUGGAGGCUGGAGCGGGACACCUCAGUCCCAGCAACACUGUUGCUGUUCCCCAGCUUCCCUCUGCACCAAGAACCAGAACCUCAGCCUGCAGCUCCCCCCUCAGGAACCUCAGGAUCCUUGGAGGUCCAGGUUCAGGUUCUGGUCCUGAAGGCUCCCAGAGGCCCAGGGGUCAAAGCCUCAGCUCAGCUCUCAGCUCCAGGACCAGAGCUAUGAUUUCCAGGAGCAAGCGUGGGAGCAGCCAGCAGGAGGAGCCAGAGGCCUUGUUGGACCUGAUCCUGGAGGGUCAGGGUCAGAGACUGGAGGACCAGAGAGCCAGCCUCAGUCUGCUGCCUGACCCAGGACCAGCUGGUCUUUGUGGGGCCUGCAGCCCCGACCAGCCCGCCCCCCCGAGUCUGGACUUCUACUACAUGCUCAUUCACUACCAGUCUGACCGGAUGGAGGACCAGAGGUGUUCCCUUCCUGAUCUGGACGAUGUGAUUGGUCCAGUUCCUGAUGGUCAGGAGGAUUUCUUCUCUCUGGUUCAGAGAGUUCAGUCCCGUAGGAUGAACGAGCAGAGGUCCUCGUUGCUGCAGACGCACUCGGAGGAGGAACACGAAGCUCCUCUUCACCUUCAGUCUGGAAGUUAAACAAUGCUUGAAGUACUGUUUGUAUUGUCAGACUGGGGAACAGAGUCUCUGUCUCUAUUAGAGCUUGUUACAACUAGGAGAACUUUGCAUGAAGGACGUUUGCAUGUUGUGUUGAAGAAGACUUGAAACCAUAAAUGCAGAACAUGAUUCUUCUGUCCUGGAGUGUUAAUGAAUCUGUUUCUGUUUUUAAAACUCUAACAACAUCUGAAAUCUGAACCCUAACCCUCCUGUUGUCUGACCAGGUUUUCAAAGUUUUCUAGAUCAGAAAUUUGGGUUUCUUUCAACCAGAGUGCCCAACAACAACAUGGAUGGUUCCAUGGAAAGCUCUUCGCAAGACAAAUUUAAAUGUUUAAAAAAAGCAAAAAAAACAUUGAAAGCCUCAAAAACAGCAAAAACAAUCAUAAAACAACGAUAAAGUGUUUUGAAUAGUGUCAAUAUUGUCAAACAUCCAAAAUGUUGAAAAAAGCAUUAAAAACAUGAGUGAAAAGGUGUUAAAUUUCAGUUUUGACCACAACAGGAGGGUUAAAACAGUAAUAAAGUUUAGUAACAUGUUACUGAUAUUUAAAUGUAUUUAUCUAACAAA